AUGGCGUCGACGAGGGCGGCGAUUAAGAACCAGGGCACGCGCAUGUGGUCCGCCGCCAACCUGGCGGAGCUGGUGGUGUGGUUCGUGUGGUUGCUGCACAGCGAGUUCAUCGCCCGAUUUCAAAGGCGGCGACCUGUGGAACGGCGCGUACCCGCGUGGCUGGGCGAGUGCGAUGAUGACGGGCGUCGACCCGCGGCGAUCGUCACUGGUGCCGGCUCGGGCAUCGGACGCGCCGUCGCCGUCCAGCUCGCGCGCAUGGGAGCUGGCGCGCUGGUCAUCGCGUGCCGCACACUUGCAGAGGCGAGCGCCGUCACGGAUGAAAUCCGCGCAGCCGCGCCCGAGGAUGUCGUUCUCAAGCCCGUGGGGGUAGACCUCAGGGAUCCGGCGCAGAUCGUCGCGAUGUGCGAGGACAUCAGGGUCGACAAGAGCCUUCACGUGAGGUUGGUGGUGCACUGCGCGGGCGUGUUCUGCGCGUCGUGGAGGAGAACGGAGUGGGGCGAGGAGGAGACGGCGGCGGUGAACGCGGUGGCGGGGCCGAGGAUACUACGUGGACUCGGGGUGAAGGGCAUUCGAUUCGUCGCGGUGGGUUCCUUCACGCACCGCGCGACGUCGUCCGCCAGGAUCCGACGAUGGAUGGCCGCGGUGCACACCACCAACAUAAGACCGCCGCUCACCCCCGCCGCGGCGUACUCGUGCUCGAAGACCGCGGUGGUGGCGUACGCGUGGGGUGCGCGUCGAAGGUGGGGCGGCGACGGGUUCACCGCGUGCGUCGCCGACCCCGGGCUGGUGGACACGGCCAUCAACCGCGAGUGGCCGGCGGCGCUGAGGGGGCUCUACUUGGCCGUCGCGAGGGUCACGGGUUUAUUGACUGCAUCGUCGACGGGCGCGGCGGCGGUGUUGCGCGCGUGUUUCGACGAGGAAGCGACGUACGUGUAUGGCGCGAGGGGUGUUCAAAUCCAACCGUCAGACACGGAUCUGACGGCACGCGAGGAAGUGUUCAACCACCUGGAGGAUCUAGCCGGCCCUCAGCCUCCGCCGAGAUGGUGGACCGGGGAACAUUAG